GCUGAGGAAAACGCAUGGGUCCAAGUCCAACACUGAAGCAAGCGAGUUGGAUCGGCCCGUGUGCGUGUAGCCAUGUCAAGUUCCCGCCAAGGCGAACGAACGAAAGCAUUGUUCCGGAAACACCCCCGCCGUCACCGCCGAGAACUACCCAGUUCCGCUGUCUCCUCCGCUUCCAGCAAUCUCGAAGAUUCACGAUCAUCAUGUGUUUUUCAUUCUUCAAGGGUUCGAGGCCGAAAACGCCGCCUGAGGUGGCCAAGUCCAUCAAGGAAAGCCUCAUGGCCCUCGAUACCAAAACCGUUGCUGAAGUUAAAUCCCUCAAGAAGGCUUUUGAGAAAGUUGAAAAGAAUUUCGUAACAAUGAGAACAAUACUUUCUGGAGAUGGAGAGUCAGAACCAAAUCUGGACCAGGUUUCACAGCUAGUGGAGGAAAUCUGCAAGGAGGAUGUUCUCACUCUUGUAAUUCACAAGCUUCCUGCACUUCAAUGGAAAGCUAGAAAGGAUUUAGUCCACUGUUGGUCCAUAUUAUUGAAACAAACUGUUGACUUCAAAUACUGCUGUGUAGAAUACAUUGAACAACACACUGAGUUACUGGACUUUCUUGUUGCAUGCUAUGAUAACAGCGAUAUUGCCUUGAGCUGUGGCUUAAUGUUGCGGGAUUGCAUCAAAUUUCCGACACUUGCAAAAUACAUAUUGGAAUCUGCAAGCUUUGAGCUCUUCUUUAAAUUUGUAGAGUUGCGUAACUUUGAUGUUGCAUCUGACGCAUUUUCUACGUUUAAGGACCUUCUUACUAAACAUGGAGAUGUGGUCUCUGAAUUUUUGACAGCUCACUAUGACGAGUUCUUUGAUCAAUACGAGAAACUUUUGACAUCUUCUAAUUAUGUCACAAGGAGCCAGUCUUUGAAGCUUCUCUCGGAAUUUCUUCUGGAAUCUCCCAACUCUAAGAUAAUGAAGCACUACAUCUUAGAAGUUUAUCAUCUGAAAUUCAUCAUGACAUUAUUGAGGGAUUCAAGUAAAAACAUUCAGUUAUCAGCUUUCCACAUAUUCAAGGUUUUCGUUGCUAAUCCGAAUAAGCCCCAAGAAAUCAAAAUUAUUCUGGGGAAGAACAAGGAGAAGCUGCUAGAGUUGCUUCAUAAUCUGUCUCCGGGAAAAGGUUCAGUAGAUGAACAAUUUGAGGAGGAGAAGGAGCUUAUCAUCAAGGAAAUCGAAAGAGUAUCGAUGUACAUCCAAAGCUAAUUUGAUACUAGGUUUUCAUGCAUUGUUAGCAAAAUCUAUAGCAAAAUCUUAAAAUCCCACUAUUUUACGCUUUAGCACCCUCAUUCCGAUCUGAAUCUGAUGCAAAAUCUUUUUCCAGUGGAAUCUGGUAGGAUCUUAGAUUCAGGUCGUACGAUCCCACGAUUUUACACUUCCGUAUUCCUAUUUUAAUGUCGUAGUAACAAACUCUAUCUGAGUUAAUAGAGUUUGUUAUUAGAGUUUGUUAUAUCUAUUCAAUUUAGAUUUAGUUUUGUUAUCUGAUAGAGCAGAUUUAGUUUUGUUAUCUGUUAGAGUUGAUUAAGUUUUAUUUUAUUUGAUAGAGCUGAUAGAACUCACGAGAGUUUUUAGAAACAACUUUGUGUAUUUAAACAAUGAUUUUCGCAAUUUGCACACCAUGGUGAUAGCAAUUUGACCAGAGUUUUCCAUUGUUCCUUGCUCAAACCUCCAUGAUCCAUAUCAUCA